AUGGAGGAGCUGGCCAACCAGGUGAAUUACGUGGUGGGCCACUUCGGCAUCAAGUCCUUCAUAGGGUUCGGCGUCGGCGCUGGCGCCAACAUCCUCGCGAGGUUCGCGCUCGCGCAUCCGCUCAAAGUGGACGCACUGGCGCUGAUAAACUGCACGUCCAGCCAAGCGGGAUGGAUCGAGUGGGCGUACCAGAAGAUGAACUGCAGGUCGUUGCGCGCGCACGGCAUCACUCACAGCGUGCUCGACUAUCUCAUGUGGCACCAUUUCGGCAGGUUGCCAGAAGAACGCAACCACGACUUGGCACAGAUGUACAGGUCUCACUUCACUCGUAACGUGAACCCCACUAACCUGUCGUUGUUCAUCGAGUCGUACGUGCGCCGGAGCGACCUGUGCAUCGGCCGGGACGGUGACACCUUGAAAGUGCCAGUGCUCAAUAUCACUGGUGCCCUGUCACCGCACGUAGACGAUACCGUCACGUUCAACGGCCGCUUGAACCCAUCCACUUCCACAUGGAUGAAGAUCUCAGAUUGCGGCAUGGUGCUGGAAGAGCAGCCAGGAAAAUUGUCUGAAGCUUUUCGUCUUUUCUUACAGGGGGAAGGAUAUGUGGCUCCGCUAUCACCGACCAAGAUAGUGUUGUACCGGCGGCUGUCAGACGCGGGGGCUGGGGCGGGGGGCAGGCGUCGCUGUCGUCACUCGCCCGUCAUCCGCAUCACGGAGAACCCCAUAUCGGAAGCCGUCGUCUGCUAA